CUGAGAGAGAUCAGCUCCUUUUAGCACCUGCGCGCAGGACAUAUUGUACAGAUACCAAUGAGUUUUUGAUUCCAUGACGUAGGUGCCAAUUUACCCCACGUGAUCCACCCGGUGAAACGAUCGGGAUCCGAAAUAUAUUUCACGAUAGCGGUGAAGCAUUCGAUUGAGUCAUUCCACAUAUCCCAGCCGGCCCGGGAUAUUCAAUUGCACCCCUCCUCAAUCAACCACGAGCACCAAUUGCUCAACGCCAUCAAUUGCACCACAAAAAUGGACACACACCCCUACGCCAAAGAGCUACACCUAGCCAGCCUGGCCGUUCAACGAGCCGCCCUCCUCACAAAACAGCUCCUCUCCGAAGUAGACAAAGGCUCCCUCAGCAAAGAGGACGACAGCCCGGUUACAAUCGCCGACUUUGCCGCCCAAGCAUCCAUUAUUGCCGCCAUCCACCACACCUUCCCUACAGACCAAAUCGUCGGCGAAGAGGACUCCACCGCUCUGCGCGAGAACCCCGCCCUCCUCGAACGUACCUGGGAGCUUGCUACAUCCGCACACCUCGAUGACGCAGCUAGCGAAGCACUCCUGCACACACCGGGCUCGCGAGACGAGCUCCUCGAGCUGAUUGAUCUCGGCGCAAAGGGUGCCUGCGGGCCUGGGCGAGUAUGGACGCUCGACCCCGUCGACGGCACGGCGACGUUCAUACAGAACCAGCAGUAUGCAGUGUGUCUUUCGCUAGUGGAAGAUGGAGUGCAGCGGCUGGGCGUGCUGGGGUGUCCGAACCUCAAGCUUGGCGAGGGGCCCGUCUCGGAGGAGACGGUGGAUCGGGACGGAUAUGGGCAGCUUUUGACAGCUAUCGCGGGACACGGAGCGUUUAUUGCACCGCUGGGUACGGGUGCGCUGCAUGCUUGCCGGGCGCUGGAGAGGAUACCGGCUGUUGAGGAGGCGAGCGCGGUGCGAUUCGUGGACACGGGGGCAGCGUCGUCGCAUGAUGUUGAGGUCCAUGCACGGGUCGCGGCGCAGCUGGGCUGUCCGUGGCCGAAUACCGUGGACUUGUGGUCUGCGCAGAUGCGGUAUGUUGCGAUUGCAGUCCAGGGUGGUUGUAAUGCGUUUGUGAAGGUACCGCGCCGAGAGAGCUAUCGGUCGAAAAUCUGGGACCAUGCCGGCGGUAUGUUGUUGGUGCAGGAGCUGGGGUGUAUAGUUACAGAUUUAGAGGGGCAGGAGGUCAAUUGUGGACUUGGAAGGACAUUAGGUGGAUGUUAUGGAAUGGUUGUCGCUCAGGCUUCGAUUCAUGGCCGGGUUUUGGAGGCUGUGAGGGCUGCGCGGCAGGUAUAGUCUAUGAUGCACGAUUUAUGGUACAUGUUUCUGGAUACAGGGUAUUAUGGUGUACGGUUAGAUAUAUGACUUUGCGAACAUAAAAUGGGAUGACUAGAACAUAAAACUUAGUGGAAGCUUUCGGUUCCAAAGAAUAAAGGAAUGUUUUGAAUAGCUCAAU